AAAUGUGUGAGCAAUCUUCAAGUGAUUAUCUGAAAGAAGCUGUACAAAAUCUUAAAAUAUUUCAGCCUGGAACACUUUCGCCAUAUGAAUGCAAGCUUGAAAAUACCUGCCCAGAGUGGAAAAUUAAAUGGAAAUUUAGAGGCCCACCGAUAAUCAUUCCGAAAAACUCAAUCAAAUUAAAUCAUUUUAUCAAAUAUGAAGUAAAGCAUCGUAAAUUAAAAUACACUGAUGAUGUCAAUCCUGAGGGUCUAGAUGAACAAUGGAUUCCAAUAGAUCCCAAAUGGAUAUCACAAACAUCAGUAAACACCUGGAAGUGAAUGAUUUUUACGGAUUUUUUAAGUCAAUUAUAG